UUUAAAAUAAUCUCAGUAUGGAUAAAAUAUUCGUUUGAGCUUCUUUCUUGGAUGACAACAGAUUACGUCAUAUUUACGCGCCAAGUGAGGAUUUACUGCAGACGCUCAUUCGCAUAAAUUCAUUCUGUGAAUUUAGGAUCCAGCAAAAUGGCAAUAUUUCCCAAUUCAUUAACAGAAGAUGAGGAAGCGCUGCAAAAGAAGUACGCUAAACUGAAGAAAAAGAAAAAGGCCCUAAUGGCUCUGAAGAAACAGAGCUCCACCAAUCAGACGAGUCAGACUGGACUGAAACGCACUUUGUCAGAUCAGCCGGUGGUGGACACAGCGACAGCCACAGAGCAGGCCAAAAUGCUAAUCAAAUCUGGAGCAAUCAGUGCCAUCAAAUCAGAAAACAAGAACUCUGGUUUCAAGCGCUCAAGAACACUUGAGGGUAAACUGAAAGAUCCUGAGAAAGGCCCUGCCCCAGCAUUCCUGCCAUUUCAGCGGAGUGUCUCUACAGACGAGGAGCCUCCUGAUUCCGCUAAACGAAUCCACAGGAAAUCCCUUUACGAGAGUUUUGUUCCUGGAGAUAGAUCUCGUGAUGAAGAGGGAGGAAUGCCAAGUCGAGAUUCUGAGCGCGACCGGGAAAGAGAGAUGGACUGGGAGAGAGAUCGAGAAAGAGACCGGGACAGAGAGAGAGACCGUGAAAGAGGUCGAGAGAGAGAACAUGACCGAGAACGUGAACGAGACCGAAGCCGGGAUGGAGAGAGAGACCGUGAGAGGGACAGGGAUCGAGACAGAGAACGAGACCGAGAGAGGGACGGACCCUACAGACGGUCAGAUUCGUAUCCAGAGCGCAGAGGCGUGCGCAAAGGAAACACUGUGUAUGUGUAUGGCACCGGUUUAGUGGAGGACAGCUUGCGCACAGCCUUUGCUCAGCACGGCAACAUCAUUGAUCUUUCAAUGGACUCUCCACGCAAUUGCGCUUUUGUCACCUUUGAGAAGAUUGAAUCAGCAGACCAGGCUGUGGCGGAGCUGAAUGGCACCACUGUGGGUGACGUCAACAUCAAAGUUAGCAUUGCCAGGAAGCAGCCCAUGCUGGAUGCCGCCACAGGGAAAUCUGUCUGGGCAUCUCUUGCGGUGCAGAACAGUGCCAAGGGCUCCUACAGAGACAAACGGAGCCAGGUCGUCUACAGUGAAGAUUUCCUUUGAGUUAUUUGACAUUUGCUCAAUUUUGAAAAACGUCAACGUAAGAUUUUGUCUAUGUACAGCAAACAUUACUCUUUCACAGAAGUAAAUCCUACUUUCCUGUAAUUAUUGAGAUAGUAUUUAGUAUUUCUGGACAUUAAGCCCACUCAUGUUUAUGUCAUUGUGUUCAAUAAAUCAGUCAAUAACAUUUUCCGUCAA